AUGGCGCAAGACAACUUCUUUAUGGGCUGGACCAUGAAAAAGUUGAAUGCCACUGUGCUCAAUGAUAUCUGGUUCGACGUUAUGUUGUUAACUCUCGUCUCCACGAGUAUGCCGCUUCCCUUAUGUCCUGAACAUAUGUUGACCCCGGCUAUUUUCUCUAGUGGUGACCUGUAUCACGAAGCUCACGUCGCACAACCUCACUAUAAACAAUGUCUUGUUCGGGGUGCUGGGUACCGUACUGGGUCUUGUCAUCUCAUUCAGAACUUCAAGUACCAAGAAGGCCGCAAAUUGUGGACAAACAUAGCCAUUGCCUCCCGAAAUCUCGCUCAAAUUAUUUGGAUCCAUGUUGCCACUGAGAGAACCGAAACAGGUGGUAAAACUUGGACUAUUCUUCAAAGUACCAUUGAGAAGAAGACGAUGCUGAAUCUGGUUCAAGCGUUCUCGGUCUCUGUUAAGCAUCUUCUCCGCCAGGAGCCGGGAGUCUAUUACGACGACCUCUAUCCCCUCAUUUCGUUCCUACCACGGUUCGCUAGUCAGCAAUCAGGGCAUCUAUCAAAGGAGUUACUGCCCCUCUGGGAAGCCUGUGAGGACCCUCAAUAUCCUUGGGUAGAAAGUUGGGGUGAUCGCGCUAGUUCAUCAGAGAAGGAAAAUUCCGAGCAUGGGACACAGACCCAUCACCCACGGCGAACCAAAACAUUCGAUCCUGAGGCUGCCUUGGCUGACGUGGAUGUACAUAGGCCGCUGGGUCCGGCUCGCAAUCCACCGAAAAUAGGUUUUUUCGACUGUUUCUCUUGCAACUUGUGUGGAAAGCGGCCCAAGUCAAAGCUCAAAGGCAUCCGCCCGCUGACCGACAGCAACGUUCCCUUCGAAAUUACGAUCUAUUUGUCUUCAUAUAUAUCUUAUUUAUUGGGCAAUGCAUGGAUCUUGCCUGCCCCCGCUAGCGCGUAUGUGACCAACCUCGGCUUACUUCAAGACGCAUUAGCAAAUCUCGACCGAAUAGCUUCUACUCCGCUACCGUUUGCGUAUCAAGUGCACCUUCGAGUAUCUCUUUGGCUCUACCUUUUAUUCUUGCCCUUUCAAGUUGUUGGCUUGCUUGGCUGGGUUACGAUUCCCGGAACCGCGUUUGCUGCAUUCCUGUUUCUUGGUUUUCUUGAAAUUGGGCAAGAGAUUGAAAAUCCCUUCAAUUACGAUUUAAACGACCUCAACCUCGACGGUUUCUGUCUCGCUAUCCAACGCGAUCUGCAUGAGAUUGCGGCGCACACGAAUCCAAAUCCUGCGGAAUUUGUGUUUUCUGCAUGGAACCAGCCAUUUGCACCAACUGACCGGCGGAGCUCAGAAGCCUUGGUUGCAGACGCGACCUCAGACUACUCUUUGCCCUCUUCGAAAGUCGAUCAGAGCAGCUCAACCGAUGGCGGUUCGGUCAGUUUGCAACAGAUGCUGGUGCGGAACUGGCGGGAGAUUGAGGGACGGACCAGGCACUGA